AUGGAAAAAUUGGCUCUAAAUUUUUAAUUGUAAAGUAAGAUGCUUUUUUACUCUAAAGAAUACUUCUAAUAAGUUUCACCAAAUACUUUAAGUUCAAUUAAAGCAAUUAUUUCAGGUAUAAUAAUAUAAUACAAUAUUAAUAAGUGCAAGUACAGUUAUUAAAGAAUGAUUAUCUAGAUGAUAAUAGGGAUUUAAAAAUUUUAGAAAGAGAAGUGAAAGAAAUUGAUAAAUUAGAAGUAGAUAGAUUGCUUGUUCAAAAAAUAUAUUAUUAAUCAACAUUAGUUAGAAGAAAGUCAAGGUGUUGCUAGAUUAAGAGAGGAAAUUGGAAGAAUUAAUUAGAUAAAAAAUUAAUAAAUCGAUCUAUUUAUAUAUUGA